CUUCGGGCGGAAGCAUCAGAGAAAAUUUUGAUCCAAACUUUCCUUAGCCAUUUGAUCUACGGACUGUGUCGCCGUUAGGGUUUGGCGUGGGCAUGGAUUACGAGCAAGGCGGCGGCGGUGGCCGCGGCCGCGGAAGAUCUCGCGGCGGCGGAGGGCGUGGCGGGGCGCCCGGUGGCUACGGGCCUCAAGGAGGCGGCGGAGGCUACGGAGGAGGCGGUCAAGGCCGGGGCGCUCAGGGAAGCGGUGGAGGGUACGGAGGAGGCGGAGGCGGAGGCUACGGGCCCCAGGGGGGCUUGGAGGGCCGCGGAGGUGGCUACGCGCCUCGCGGCGGAGGUUACGCUCCUCGCGCCGGACGAGGCUAUGGUCCUCAGGGAGGCGGCGAGGGCCGCGGAGGCGGCUACGGCGGAGGCGGGCCGGGAGGGCGUGGUCCUGGCGGUGGUGGGCGGGGGUACGGCCCCGGCGGUGGGCGUGGUGGGAACGCCUGGGCGCAGCCUGGCAGAGGGCCCGCCGGAGGACCCGGGGAUUACGCCCCGGUGAGGGCGCCGGCGCCGGCACCAGCGUCUGCGGCAAGGAGGGUUGGGUCCGAGGAGGCGGGGGGCUCAUCUGGAUCCGUCGAACGGAUCAGCUCCAAAGAAGUGGCAAAAUUAGAACCAUUAGCCCCCCCAGUUGCUGCGUCUCCCAAUGGCAUACGGGUGCCAAUGCGGAGACCUGAUGAUGGUGGAUCAUUAUGUCAAGCCAGGGUCCAGCUUUUGGUAAACCACUUCAUAGUCAAGUACCCAAAGUUGUCAACCUUUUUUCACUAUGACAUAGAUAUCAAGUUCGAUCCAGCGUCUUCAAAGGUUUCUGGCAAGGAGCUGUCCAAUGCAGAUUUUCUUUCUGCAAAGGCUGAGCUUUUCAAGGAUGACAGCUUUCGGCAGCUUUCAUCAGCUGUUGCUUAUGAUGGAAAGAGAAACCUAUUUACUGCUGCACAACUGCCAGAAGGUUUAUUCCGUGUCAGAGUUCAUUCAAAGACCUACAUUGUGUCAGUAGAGUUUAAGAAGCAGCUUCCUUUAAGCCAAAUCUCAGAGUUGCCUGUGGCUAGGGAGAUCUUACAGGGUCUUGAUGUCAUUGUGCGCGAGGCUUCUACCUGGCGCAAGAUUAUACUUGGUCAUGGAUUUUACUCACCAGACAGCAAAGUGGAUAUGGGGUCAGGUGUUGUGUCUAUGAAAGGAACCCAGCAGACCCUUAAACAUACUCAGCAGGGACUGGUCCUAUGUGUCGACUAUUCAGUUAUGCCAUUUCGCAAAGAUGGACCUGUUCUGGAUAUUGUGCGGCAGUUUAUAAAGCCCCUUCCCCUUGACUACAGGACAGCACUGAACAAGACUCAUCGGGAAAAGUUGGUGUAUGAGCUCAAAGGCCAACGUAUUACUGUGUCCCACCGGAAGACUAAGCAGAAGUACACUAUUCAAGGCUUCACUGAUUUGCCAGCCAGCCAGAUCACCUUUUUAGAUUCAGAAUCAGGACAGACAAAGAGACUCGUUGACUAUUUUUCUCAGCAGUAUGGCAAGGUGAUCGAGUAUCAGAUGCUUCCAUGCCUGGAUUUGAGCAAGAGCAGAGAUAAACCAAACUAUGUGCCCAUUGAGCUUUGUAAGCUUGUUGAAGGACAGAGGUAUCCAAUGGCAAAUUUGAACAAGGACACUGAGAGAGCACUGAAAGGCAAGGCUUUAAUCAAGGCAGCUGAGCGAAAGUGGGAGAUUGAGACCGCGGUCAAAGCCGAAGAUGGGCCUUGCAGGGGAGAAAUAGCUCAACAGUUUGGGAUCUCUUUGGAUGUAAAGAUGAUGGAAGUCACCGGCAGGGUCCUUACUCCUCCCUCGCUGACACUCGGCUCCUCCAGAGGAGGUCCUGGCAAUAUCAGUAUCACUCCAUCUAACUGCCAGUGGAACCUCAUGGGGAAGAAACUGGUAGAAGGCAAAGCACUCCAGUGUUGGGGCAUUGUCGACUUCAGUGCACGGCCAUCUCACAACAAGCAGCAACCGCUUGAUGGGAACAUGUUUAUUAACUAUAUCGUCAGGAAGUGCUGUGACCUUGGCAUUCAGAUGAACAAGACAGCAUGUUUUGUGCAUCUAUCAGAAAUGUCAGUGCUAUCGGAUCCACACCAACUGCACGAGGAGCUGAACAAAGCAAAGCAGGCUGCGGUGAAGAAGAACCAGAAGCUGCAACUCCUCUUCUGCCCGAUGUCUGAGCAGCAUCAUGGGUACAAGACACUGAAGCUGAUCUGCGAGACGCAGCUGGGGAUCCAAACCCAGUGUUUCUUGAGCCACCUCGCAAACAAAACCCAGGGCCAGGACCAGUACAUGUCCAAUCUUGCUCUCAAGAUCAACGGCAAGCUCGGGGGCAUCAACACCCAGCUCCAGGACAAGCUCCCACUGGACAACGGUGUUCCUUACAUGUUCAUAGGCGCAGACGUGAACCACCCAUCACCUGGGAAUGGGGAGAGCCCGUCGAUAGCAGCCGUGGUUGCGUCCAUGAAUAGGGGCGCCACCAAGUAUGUGCCUAGAAUCCGUGCCCAGCCGCACCGCUGUGAGGUGAUCAAGAACCUCGGUGAGAUUGUCCAAGAGCUUAUUGGUGUCUUUGAGAAGAAGGCCGGCGUAAAGCCUCAGAGGAUCAUUUACUUCCGUGAUGGCGUGAGUGAUGGGCAGUUCGAGAUGGUCCUUAACGAGGAGCUUGCGGACAUGGAGAACGUGAUCAAGGUGAAGGGCUACUCUCCAACGAUUACCGUUAUUGUGGCCAAGAAGCGGCACCACACGCGGCUGUUCCCCAAGGAGCACAACGAGCCGCUGCAGACGAAGAACGGCAAUGUGCUCCCUGGCACGGUGGUGGACACCAGAAUUGUUGACCCCGUGACGUACGACUUCUACCUGUGCAGCCACAACGGGCUGAUUGGGACCAGCCGGCCGACGCACUACUACAACCUGAUGGACGAGCAUGGCUACGGGUCAGACGACCUGCAGAGGCUGGUGUACAACCUCUGCUUCGUGUUCGCGCGCUGCACCAAGCCCGUGUCGCUGGCGACGCCCGUCUACUACGCCGACCUGGCGGCGUACCGCGGCAGGCUCUACUAUGAGGGCAUGCUGGCGUCCCAGCCCCAGGUGCGCAGCUCGUCGUCGUCAGCCUCCUCCACAGCGGCGGGGGCUUGUGACUUCAGCAACUUCCCGACGCUGCACGUGGAUCUUCAGGACAACAUGUUCUUCAUCUGAUGCCGGCUUCUCACCGGUGCCGCUUAGCGUCUUGGUCCGGUAGAACAUAUAUACAGACUGCUUCAUAUGGUCUGAACUUGGUCCGGUAGAACAUAUAUACAGAUUGCUUCAUAUGGUCUGAACUUGGUCCGGUAGAACACGUACUCCGAACUGUUUCGUAUGGUCUGAACUUUGAACUUGGAACGUAUUGCUGGUUCUGUCA